ACAUGAGGCAGGCUGCUGUGCGCUUGCGCAGUUCUUGGCGUCUCAUCAGUGCAGCCCUAGUGCGAUUGCGCAAGUGUUUAUGCCGUACUGUGUGUGUCUUGGGCGGCAAGGUUGCCUGGAAAUGAUUGAGCUGUCAGGUACCGAAUGUGAGCCACGAGAAAUGCAGCCCCGGGGAAGGCGCUGAGGAGGGAUUGGGGUCUGAGGCCUCGGGGCGCAAGGCUACUGCGAGAUACCUGGGACCCUCUGGGGCCCGGGCGUGUGGCUGCUGGAAGGAAAGGUACUUGUAGCUCGGAAAGACUUAACGUUGGGCAUCGGUGCGUCUCCCAGUAACUGAGAAUCGCGGUGCUCUGGAGGACUCCGGAGCAAGCCCCGGGUCGGGAGGUGCGCAGGUGUUGAGACCACAUGGACCACCCAAACACAAGACUGUGAGCCCCUUAGAGAGCCAAAGGGACUCUUGUACCAUGAAUAAAGCUUUCUGGAAAAUGUUCCAAACUUCUCUGGGAAGUUUUACGAAGCUCUUGUUUUUGAAUAAGUUUUGUAGAAUAUUGCCAUAAUAACAUUGAAGAGAUUGGAGAACUGGACUGCCUGUUCCCAGAAAGCCAGGUGUAGGCCGAUCUGUCCUGGAAGCCCCCUUUGGCAGGCUUUCUCAUGACCAGCAUGGUGCUUGCAGAGUGCCCACUCUGAGACCCUCUGCAAAUCACAGUGAGGUUCUCGAAGAGGCCAUUCCACCCAGCCACCUUAAAGAAUACUCUGGGAGGUGCUUUAGAGGAGCUGAUUAAAAAUAAUUUAAGGCUGGGCACGGUGGCUAACAUCUGUAAACCCAGCUCUUUGGGAGGCCAAGGCAGACGGAUCACUUCACAUCAGGAGUUAACAGGACCAGCCUGGCAACGUGGGACAACCCCGUCUCCGCUAAAAAUACAAAUAUUAGCCGGGUGUCGUGGCGGGUGCCUGUAACCCCAGCUACUCGGGUGGCUGAGGCAGGAGAAUUGCUUGAACCUGGAAAGCGGAGGUUGCAGUGAGCCAGGACGGAGCGAUUGUACUCCAGCCUGGGCAACAGAGUGAGACUCCGUCUCAAAAACAAUAAUAAAAAUAAUUUGAGAGAAUCCUGGGAUGACAGGGCAGUAGCUUCCAAGAGGGAUUAUCUCAUAACCUACCAGGAACCGACCCACUUUGCCAGUGUGUAUAAUGAAUUCUAUCUGGAGAAUUUAUAAAGUCCAAGCCUGAGUCUAUUCAGGCUAUUUUAUAUAGGCUAUACUUUUUGUUUAUACAGGCUCCUUUUUGUUUAAUACGACCAACAAGAAACCUUUUAUAAGAUUCAUCUUAGGCUUAUUUGUAAAUCCAGGAGAAAAACCACUCUGAGAGGUUAGCUCAUAAUAGCCUAUAUUCUGACCUUCUUUGCAAGAUCAUUUCAUACACCAACAGACAAGACUUUAUGUAAGGAGCAUUUAGGGGCUGAAUCAAGUCCACCCAAAAGCUGUUUUAUGCAGCCUGUACUUGAUCUUCCCCAUGAAAGCUGUUCCAGCUCAUGAGGCCAGUUCACAAAGCCAAGACAUAAGACCACUCAGGCUAUUUCUAUACCUGACAACCCCCUUCCCACCCACUGCAAAAAAGCCUUCUCUGGGCCAGGCACGGUGACUCAUGCCUGUAAUCUGAGCACUUUGGGAGACCGAGGCAGGUGGAUCACCUGAGGUCAGGAGUUCAAGACCAGCCUGGCCAACAUGGUGAAACCCCAUCUGUACUAAAAAUAGAAAAACUAGCCAGGCAUGGUGGCAGGCACCUGAAGCAGGAGAAUUGCUUGAACUCAGGAGGCAGAGGUUACAGUGAGCUGGGAUGAUGCCAUUGCACUCCAGCCUGGGUGACGGAGCGAGACUCUGUCUCAAAAAAAAAAAAAAAAAAAAAAAAAAAAAAAAAAAAAAAAACCUUCUCUGACCAACAAGAAGUUUUUUAAGGCCAAUACCCGUUGAGCUCUGAGAAACUGACUUGUAAAGUGAAGAUACGAGGCCACUCAGGCUUUUUCGUAUGGCCCACACUUGGGCUAUGUUAGAUGUCAGUUUGCCUGGAAUAACACCAGUUUUACUGGUGCAGACAUAAAUAUUAAUAGCAUCUGAGUUUGGAUGACCUGGCUAUACCUGACCACUAGAAGGCUGUCCAUACAACUCCCCAUAAAUCCUUCUAUGUGGCACUCGAAGGCCAGUCUUUGGUACUACUCUCACACAGUUUUUUUUUCUUGUAAGGAACUGGCAAGUCAGACAUUUUAUUUCUGACUCCCAUUUGUUUAAUAUAAGCCUUUUGUGUGCAUGUCCUUUUCUUUCAAGGGGGACAGAGUCUUGAAGGGACCGAGUCUUGCUCUGUCCCCCAUGCUGGAGUACAGCGACGCAAUCUCAGCUUACUACAACCUCUGCCUCCCUGGUUCAAGCAAUUCUCCUGCCUCAGCCACCCGAGUAGCUAGGAUUACAGGUGUGUACUACCAUGCCUGGCUAAUUUUUAUAUUUUUAGUAGAGAUUGGGUUUCACCAUGUUGGCCAGGCUGAACUCAAACUCCUGACCUCAGGUGAUCCACCCUCCUCAACCUCCCAGAGUGCUGGGAUUACAGGCCUGGGCCAUUGCACCUGGCCUUAAUAUAAGCCUUUAUAAACAGCAAUUUGGUGAGGAGCUCUGAGAAGCCAAUCAAUAAAGUCAGGCCAUAACACUACUCCAGCUGAUCCUUUCCUCUGGAAAACUGCUUGAUACAACCAUCAAGAAGCCUUUUGUCACACCAGUAUGUGGGGAAUGCCAGAAGGCUGAUGAGCUUGGACCUGAGGCCAUUCAAAAAGCCAGUGUCUUGUGGUCUGCACUUGACCUUCCCAGGAGGGCCAUCUCAAAUGGUUGGUGGUGUGAAGGCUGCUCCUCACAGCCCGUGAGGCCAGCGACCCUGGAAGAUUGUUUCAUAUUGCCAACAAGAGAGUGAGUGUUUCCCCAGCCAGAUGAAGUUUCCUUCUAUAACGCCAUUUUGCAUGGCUAACAGGAGCCAGUGUGAGGCUGCUCCCUGGGGAAUAGAUGGACACAGCAAACAAUACUUUCCUGGCACUAUGAAGAAACCACAGAUUGAUUUGUAAAACUAAGACAAAAUCUGACUUCACCUGGUCCUCAGACAAGCCCCCAUCUAGAGGGAGGCCAGUUUUUAAAAAACAAGUCACAAGGGCCCGGUACAGUGGCUAACACCUGUAAUCCCAGCACUUUGGGUGGCCAAGGUGGGUGGUUCACUUGAGGUCAGGAGUUCGAGACCAGCCUGGCAAACUUGGCAAAACCCCAUCUCUACUAUAAUUAGAAAAAAUUAGCCAAUCAUGGUGGCAUAUGUGUCUGUAGUCCCAGCUACUCAGAGCCUGAGGCAGGAGAAUCGCUUGAACCUGGGAGGCAGAGAUUGCAGUAAGCCAAGAUCGCAUCACUGCACCCCGGCCUCAGUGACAGAGGAAGACUCUGUCUCAAAAAACCACUUUGGAAGACUGUUUCCUAUACCAGGAUGUGGCCUUUUGAUAUGGCAACUACAUAAAAGCCCAAAUCAUGAGAGGUUUGGGGAAGCCUGUGCAACCAGGUCAGAAGACUGAUGCGGCCAGAAUGCCACUUCACCAUGCUGCCAACAUAAGGCCUUGUAGGAGGCUAUAGUUUUAUUUUAUUUUUUGAAACACGGUCUCACUCUGUCACCCAGACAGGAGUACAGAGGCAGAAACAUGGCUCACUUGCAGCCUUUAACUCCUGAGCUCAAGCAAUCCUGCUUCAGCCUCUGGAGUAGCUGGGGCUACAGGUGUGUGGCCCCAGCUGAUUAUUUUUUUAAUUGUUUUAGAGACAGGGUCUUGACAUGUUGCUGGUCUCACACUCUUGGGUUCAAGCAGUCCUCCUGUUUCAGAGAACAGUGUAUAACAUCAAUCUUCAGGCCUUUGGGGAGGCCAUUUCAAGUGGCUUAUACAGAGGCAAUCUGAAAAGCCAUUUUGAAAACAAACUUACACAGCCAUCCUGAGGCCUCCGUCUCUGGAAUACCAUAUAUUGUCAACAUAAGUAUCUCUGACGACCUUUUUAUAAGGCCAUUCAUUGAAGAACUCUGCAUUAAAGAAUAAUAAUAAAGCUAUUUCAUGUGGCCAAGAAGAGAUUGUUUGAACAGCCAACUCACAGUUUUAGGAGGCCAUCUUUCCCAGAAGGCUAUGUCCAUCAGCCUUCUACGUGAGGUCUCCGAGGCCAAUUUGCAAAGGAGCAGGUAGGCUGCCUUAGGAGGCAGUUUAUGAAGACCAAACAUGAGGCCACCCUGGGAGGCCAGGUGACAAAGCAGCACAUGGGGCCACUGGGGGAACCUGGUUACAAAGCCGCACACCUGAGGCCACCUUGAGAAGCUGGCUUUGUAAGGCAGAUGGGCGCCCUGUGAAGGGCAGUUUUCUGAGGUCACCCUGGAGCACCAAUUUACAAAGCCCAUAAUAAUCUGCAUUGCAGGGAAUGAGUUUAGAGCCCAUUUGAAACCCUCUGGGAGGCCAUGUUCUAAGGCCAUCAAGAGACAAGUUCAUAAAGCUGCUACAUCGGGCCCCAGUCUCCAUGUACCAAGAGCACAUCACUGCACUCCAGCCUGGGUGACAGAGGAAGACUCCAUCUCAAAAAACCACUUUGGAAGACUUUUAUAGUAAUGCAAUAACUGUCCCCUGGGAGGCCUUUUAAAUGGCCUUUAUGAGAAGCCAGGAUAUGAGGCUCCUGAAAUCUCCUGGAUGCUCAAGAUGAGACUUCUCCAUGUUGCCCUAUAACCUUCAUGUAAGACACAGCAGAUGAGCCAAGAGGUGCCCCAAGGAGGCCAGGGAUGGUCCCAUGUGGUAUCUUGUGCUGGCCUAAUGGAGAAGUCCGUGCUGGAACUUGGACUGUGAAACUCUCCAAGAAGGUUGUGAAUGAGGCCAGCACAAGCGACCUAUGAGCCUUCUAGGAGGCUAGAGAGAGAACCCAUCCUGGCAGUCUGGGGUGCUCUGGUCCUACCACACCCUGAGCUUACUGGAAAGGAUGCUCAUUGUGAACCAAGGACUGAGCUUAGCCCUGUGGAUACAAAGUCCAGAGAGCUCACCCUUGAGGCACGGGACCGACUGAGCUGGCAGUGGCCCAAUGGCUGGAGACACCCACUGCCCUGAAGAGCCCCUAGCCGGAGAAGGCACUCUUUGGGAGGCCCUCAGGGCACUCCUGCCACACACUAAAGAAGACCUGAAGCUGGACCUCGGGGAGAAAGUGGAGAGGAGCGUGGUGACGCUGCUGCAGCAAGCCACUGAGCUCUUCUACAAGGGCAGGAGGGCCGAGUGUCUGCAGACCAGCGAGGUGAUCCUGGACUACUCCUGGGAGAAGCUCAACACGGGCACGUGGCGGGACGUAGACAAAGACUGGCGCCAGGUCUACGCCAUGGGCUGCCUCCUGAAAGUCCUGUGUCUGUGCCAGGCACCUGGGGACGCCACCACUGUGGCUGCAGCCCUGCGGGUCUGUGACAUGGGCCUGCUGAUGGGGGCAGCCAUCCUGGGGGACGUCCUCCUUAAAGUCGCUGCCAUCCUCCAGGCACACCUCCCUGGAAAAAGGCCUGCCCACGGCUCCACCCCGGAGCAGCCCUGCACAAAGAAAGCAAGGACGGACCGUGGUUCAAUUCCAGAUGUGAAGUUAGAAAAAGCAGUCCCCCAGCUGCACUGCCCAUCCCUUCAGCAUUUCAGGGAGCAGUUUUUGGUUCCAGAGAGGCCCGUGAUCCUGAGAGGCGUGGCUGACCACUGGCCGUGUAUGAAGAAGUGGAGUUUGGAGUAUAUCCAGGAGAUCGCUGGCUGCCGAACCGUCCCGGUGGAAGUUGGUUCCAGGUACACAGACGAGGAAUGGUCCCAGACACUCAUGACGGUCAAUGAGUUCAUCAGCAAAUACAUCGUGAAUGAGCCGAGGGACGUCGGGUACCUUGCUCAGCACCAGCUCUUUGACCAGAUCCCGGAGCUGAAGCAGGACAUCAGCAUCCCCGACUACUGCAGCCUGGGCAAUGGGGAGGAGGAGGAGAUCACCAUUAAUGCCUGGUUUGGUCCCCAGGGAACCGUCUCCCCGCUCCAUCAGGAUCCCCAGCAUAACUUCCUAGUCCAGGUGAUGGGGAGGAAGUACAUCCGGCUGUAUCCCCCGCAGGAGUCAGUGGCUCUGUACCCUCAUGACACGCACCUUCUGCAUAACACAAGCCAGGUGGAUGUGGAGAAUCCCGACCUGGAGAAGUUCCCCAAGUUUGCCGAGGCUCCAUUCGUGUCCUGUAUCCUGUCUCCUGGAGAGGUCCUGUUCAUCCCGGUGAAAUACUGGCACUACGUGCGAGCUCUGGAUCUGAGCUUCUCAGUCAGCUUCUGGUGGUCAUAGCCAGGAUAGGAGCUGAAAGGGCCUGGCUGACGUGCAGACAGCAUUCAUCUGUUCACGGAUUUCCUGUUCUGUGGCCCCCCUGCUGCUACAGAGACAAGCAGGACUGAACCUGUGCCCUGAGGAGCCUUCACUGCCCCGUGGCAGCCCUGAGGGGUCGAGCUCCAGCGAGGGACAGGCACAGAGCGGGGACUGCCCAGAAAGGGGCACACUCCAGCCCCAGGGGUGCAUGGCAGAGGAAGGUGGGGAGAGCCCAGAAGGACAUUGCAGGCAGGCAGCCGGCACGGGGGUUCCAGCAUCAGAAAGCCUAACGUGCUUGGGAAACAGGCGGGUUACAUGGGCAGGGGUGAAAUGUGGGCUCUGAGGUGGCUAAGGCAGGAGGAUGGCUUAAGCCUUCCAAGUUGAGGCUGCAGUAAGCCGUGAUUGUACCACAACACUCCAGACUGGGUGACAGAGCAAGACUGUCUUUGAAAAAAAAUUUUAAUAAAUAAGGAGGCUGGUUGAGUCAAGCCCAGCCCCACUGUGUACCUGCUGUGUGACUUGGCCAGGAUCCCUCACUUCACUGUGCCCGCAUGGAAAAGACGCAAGGCCAGCCCUCACUGCAAGGGCCGAGGAGGCGGUGCCGAGCCCCUGCUGCUGCAGGAACCUCAGCUGCUGUCGCUGAUCACAGUUAAUCUGAUGCUUCUGCCCUUCCUUCCCAUAACCGAGCCUGCUGGAGCCACAGCCUGAAGACUGGAGAGAGAGCCAGGCGCUGCCCCGGUCAGAGGGGAGAGUCCGUAGAGACCUGCUCAGGAGCCCGGACCCCUGCUGGGUGGCGGGAGAUUUCUGUCAUCCUCAUGGCUCAAGGAUAACCUACCUGCCUGCAGAGAAGUUCACGGGUCUUCUGACUGGAUGACUGCUCACCCAGGAUCAGGCUCCCAAGUCGGGAAGCUACCAGACCACUAGCAGCCACUAGAAGCUCCCCCCCCCCCGCCCCACCCACUCCAGUUGCCAUCCCCCUCAAACCAGGGGAGGGUUUGAGGCCAUGCUUUCUGUAAGUGUGUUGUGUACAUGCAGGUUUAUGUUUUGGCCAUUAAGACUUUCCCCAGCCCUCUGUUUUGUUUUUUAAACUAAAUAGAGAUGGGAUCUCA